GGAAGACCUUGGUGUGGAGGCUGUCCUGCACUGCCACCUCAUCAUCUGAUGUGCUUCCAUGCCACCAGCUCAGGGUAGAGCGCUGCUUCUCUCUGGGGACAGGGGAAAGAAAAGGGUUUGUGGAUGAGUGCUCCAAAUUCAGUCCUUCUGUGGAACUUCUGAAGGUCUUUUAUUAGUGGAAAUAUUUUCUACACAAUGAAGUCAACAACUUAAUUUAAACCAGUGUUUGUGUGGCUCUGAUUCAUCUGCUGUGGUUCACGAAGCUUGAGAUCUAAGGAGUACAGGGUCUUUUGCAAUGACAAUAUGACUAAUAGUAAAGGAAGAUCUAUUACUGACAAAACAAGUGGUGGUCCAAGUGGUGGAGGAGGUUUUGUAGAUUGGACUUUAAGUUUAAACACAAUUCAAUCUGACAAGUUUUUAAAUUUACUCUUGAGUAUGGUUCCAGUAAUUUACCAGAAAAACCAAGAAGACAGGCACAAAAAAGCAAACGGCAUUUGGCAAGAUGGAUUAUCAACUGCAGUACAGACUUUUAGUAAUAGAUCUGAGCAACUCAUGGAGUAUCACAGUUUCUCAGAGCAGUCUUUUCAUGCCAAUAAUGGGCACGCAUCAUCAAGCUGUAGCCAGAAGUAUGAUGACUAUGCCAACUAUAAUUACUGUGAUGGAAGGGAGACUUCAGAAACCACUGCCAUGUUACAAGACGAAGAUAUAUCUAGUGAUGGUGAUGAAGAUGCUAUUGUAGAAGUGAGCCAAAAAUUACCAAAGGAAUCCAGUGGCAUCAUGGCAUUGCAAAUACUUGUGCCCUUUUUACUAGCUGGUUUUGGAACAGUUUCAGCUGGCAUGGUACUGGAUAUAGUACAGCACUGGGAGGUGUUCAGAAAAGUUACAGAAGUUUUCAUUUUAGUCCCUGCACUUCUUGGUCUCAAAGGGAACUUGGAAAUGACAUUGGCAUCCAGAUUAUCCACUGCAGUAAACAUUGGGAAGAUGGAUUCACCCAUUGAAAAGUGGAACUUAAUAAUUGGCAACUUGGCUUUAAAGCAGGUUCAGGCAACAGUAGUUGGUUUUCUAGCAGCUGUGGCAGCAAUUAUAUUGGGCUGGAUUCCAGAAGGAAAAUAUUACCUUGAUCAUUCCAUACUUUUGUGCUCUAGCAGUGUGGCAACUGCCUUCAUUGCAUCUCUUCUGCAGGGAAUAAUAAUGGUUGGGGUUAUCGUUGGUUCAAAGAAGACUGGUAUAAAUCCUGAUAAUGUUGCUACACCCAUUGCUGCUAGUUUUGGUGACCUUAUAACUCUUGCCAUAUUGGCUUGGAUAAGUCAGGGUUUAUACUCCUGUCUUGAGACCUAUUACUACAUUUCUCCAUUAGUUGGUGUCUUUUUCUUGGCUCUAACUCCUAUUUGGAUUAUAAUAGCUGCCAAACAUCCAGCCACAAGAACUGUUCUUCACUCAGGCUGGGAGCCUGUCAUAACAGCUAUGGUUAUAAGUAGCAUUGGGGGCCUUAUUCUGGACACAACUGUAUCUGAUCCAAACUUGGUUGGGAUUGUUGUUUACACGCCAGUUAUUAAUGGUAUUGGUGGUAAUUUGGUGGCCAUUCAGGCUAGCAGGAUUUCUACCUACCUCCAUUUACAUAGCAUUCCAGGAGAACUGCCUGAUGAACUCAAAGGUUGUUACUAUCCAUUUAGAACUUUCUUUGGUCCAGGAGUAAAUAAUAAGUCUGCCCAAGUUCUGCUGCUUUUAGUGAUUCCUGGACAUUUAAUUUUCCUCUACACUAUUCAUCUGAUGAAAAGUGGUCAUACUUCUUUAACAAUAAUCUUCAUAGUAGUGUAUUUAUUUGCUGCUGUGUUACAGGUAUUUACCUUGCUGUGGAUUGCUGACUGGAUGGUCCAUCACUUCUGGAGGAAAGGAAAGGACCCAGAUAGUUUCUCCAUCCCCUACCUAACAGCACUGGGUGAUCUGCUUGGGACAGCUCUGUUAGCCUUAAGUUUUCAUUUUCUUUGGCUUAUUGGAGAUCGAGAUGGAGAUGUUGGAGACUAAUAAAUCCUACAAACUGUGUCAAGUUACCAAGGAAGAAGAUACACUACAACCACUUAUGGCUCUUUUUCAAAACUCUUAAAUCAGUAGUUUGACUUUUGCCAGGGUAAUCGUCAGUUGGCCCUGAUCCAAUUAAAUGGCCUUAACUUUUUUUUUUUUUUUUAAGAAAUUUGUGUCAAACCAGAAUGAACAGUAUUUGUGCUGCUUUUCAUAGAAUAAAUGAUAAUCUGACAUAGACAUAGAUAUAAACUCCAGCUCUGAAAUUAAUUAGGAAAGAAUAUAGGAUGUUUACAGUGAGUAAUUUUAAAACCACAAACAUAGCAAAUGUACUUUAUUAUUAAGUUUGUAAUGCAGGAUUAGAAGCAGAGCUCUUAGCCUUUGUUGUCUCACAGAUGCGCUGUAUCCCAGGCAUACUAUAAAAUGAAGGGUGCCCAACCAAGCUUUGAAUCGUUUUAAUAUUGCCCACCUCUAUGCUAGCUGAGGAUCAAUUUACCAGUUGCUCCUAUUUAAACUGACCUAAAUAUGUUUUGCUGCGCAUAAGAUAAACUCACUUUUACCUCCAUAUAAAAUUACCUUGUGCCAAUGCCAAUUCAAUUUCAGUUCUGCAAGUUCUUGUCAGGCUAAUUGUUAAACAUAGAGUGAUCUCAGAAAUCUUUAAUGAAAGCAGUGGGUCAUUUUUUGAUCAUUGAUUUGUUGGAAAAAUGUUGAUGUGUUUUAGAAAAUGUAAUCUUCAAAAAAAGAAGAUAACCUGAGAUGCA